AUUUGUCAGUGUUCCAUUCCGUCUACGGACGUCUGUCAUCAUCAGCCAUCAGAGACGAAAAAUGGAUUAGUUUGGUUUUAUUGUCUGCGCAAAGUGACAACUUGUUUAGUAGUCGUGUCGGGGUCAUUUCCGAGAAGUGACCUCUCUGAAGCUGGUUGGGCUGUGGCGUAGAAAGCAAGCCAUAGACCGUAGAGUACACCGAUCGUAGAUUGUCGUGACGAAAUCGGACAAACAAAUCUACACAUCCAAGAUGACGAAUAUGAGGCCACCGAGCAAAAAUGUACUACUGAAGGUAGUAAUUCUAGGCGAUGGCGGGGUAGGUAAAAGUUGCCUAAUGAAUCGGUUUGUGUCGAACUUUUUCGAUGCAAACAGUUUCCACACCAUCGGGGUGGAGUUCCUCAACAAGGACAUCCAGGUGGAUAACGAACGAUUCACGCUGCAGAUUUGGGACACCGCCGGCCAGGAACGGUUCAAGGCCCUGCGAACACCCUUCUACCGGGGCUCGGACAUCUGCCUGCUGGCGUACGCGGUGGACGACAAAUCCAGCUUCCGUGCGCUCAUCCAGUGGCGCGAAGAAUUCCUCAAAUACUACGACGUCAAAGCGGACCGCUUUCCGUUCAUCGUGGUCGGAACGAAAAGUGACAUCCCGGUGGCCCAGCGGCAGGUCACGGCCGAGGAAGUGUCCGAGUGGUGCCAGGAGCAUCACGUGGCCGCGUUUAUCGAAACUUCGGCCAAAUCGUCGGAGAACGUGUACGAGGCGUUCGCGCUGGCCGUCAAGCAGUGGCAAAAGCUGGAGAAGUGUACGGAACGGGAGCUGCGCGCCCAAGGCCACGACACGAUCGAUCUGACCAAGGGGGUGAAUUUGAGCGCGAAUACGAGCCGGUUUUGCUGCAUCGGAGGGAACGUAGGCAGUGGACAUCCCGUGCCGGACGACGACGAUUAUCCGAAUUAAUGAAGGCAACGAUGAAGACGCAACAUAUUUUUUUUUGUAAGAAACGCGUGACUGUUGGUCGUGAAAUCGUCGACAUGUGAUAAGUGAUGAAUACACACACAAAAAAGAUACCCAGAACGAUUAGGGAGGGCGGGAGUAGUGAGGGCAAAAAUUGGUAAGAUAUAUUAUACUCCAAUAUUUUUUAUAUCAAAGCAUGUUUACACACAUCUUCCCCGGUCAGAAUAAUAAAUGAUUCUCAGCUUUUAAACACGACAAAACACACACACACAAACAAGCUCUGUUUGAGCACCUGCUGCUGACAGGCUGCUAAGGCUGAGGUAAAAUCAAUUGUAAGUGUGCAAAGAGCACUCCACACGCAGCAAACGAAUUGGGGAAGAAUCUAACGCACUCAGAUUUGAAUCGCGACUACAAGCGUUGGCAAGGAAUGUCACAAUCAAACAUAUGCAGGCCAUAUAUAGAGUAAACGAAGAAACGAAAAAAAAUAUUGUAACAAUUCAAUUUUACCAUUCCGCACCUUUAAUUUUUUUUGUUGCAGACGAACUGCCCUCGUUGCGGUUAUUGGUACAAAUUGAUAGUUUGAAUGUAAAAUCAGUCAACUGCUUUGCACACAUUCCAGAAUACGUAGAUCUUUAAUUUGAAGAAAGCAAUAGAAAUGAGAUUACUCCACUCUGCAAUGAGGUUUCAACCGUGCUAAACAACUCUGCUAGGAACCAACUGCUUGAUGUCGCCUUUGUAGCAUUCCACUUUAUGUUUAUACUUUUGUUAUUUACAUGUUUAUUUAGACGUAUUUACACUCUGCUCCUUGUUUACAAUCACCGUAAUAGACGAAAUGACUAGUUUUGUGUGACUUUUCUGGCACCGCUCCAAACACUCCUGAGCAAUUCUCUACGAAAUCGGUCUUUUUUCUUCAAUUUUAAUUUUUGUAUUUUUUAAUCCGGCUGAAACUUUUUUGGUGCCUUCGGUAUGCCCAAAGAAGCCAUUUUGCAUCAUUAGUUUGUCCAUAUAAUUUUCCAUACAAAUUCGGCAGCUGUCCAUACAAAAAUGAUGUAUGAAAAUUCAAAAAUCUGUAUCUUUUGAAGGAAUUUUUUGAUCGAUUUGGUGUCUUCGGCAAAGUUGUAGGUAUGGAUACGGACUACACUGGAAAAAAUAAUACACGGUAAAAAAAAAUUUGGUGAUUUUUUUAUUUAACUUUUUAUCACUAAAACUUGAUUUACAAAAAAACACUAUUUUUAAUUUUUUUUAUUUUUUGAUAUGUUUUAGAAGACAUAAAAUGCCAACUUUUCAGAAAUUUCCAGGUUGUGCAAAAAAUCACUGACCGAGUUAUGAAUUUUUUAAUCAAUACUGAUUUUUUCAAAAAAUCGAAAUUUUGGUCGUAAAAAUUUUUCAACUUCAUUUUUCGAUGUAAAAUCAAAUUUGCAAUCAAAAAGUACUUUACUAAAAUUCUGAUAAAGUGCACCGUUUUCAAGUUAUAGCCAUAUUUAAGUGACUUUUUUGAAAAUAGUCGCAGUUUUUCAUUUUUUUAAAUUAGUGCACAUGUUUGCCCAGUUUUGAAAAAAAUAUUUUUGAAAAGCUGAGAAAAUUCUCUAUAUUUUGCUUAUUCGGACUAUGUUGAUACGACCUUUAGUUGCUGAGAUAUUGCAAUGCAAAGGUUUAAAAACAGGAAAAUUGAUGUUUUCUAAGUUUCACCCAAACAACCCACCAUUUUCUAUCGUCAAUAUCUCAGCAACUAAUGGUCCGAUUUUCAAUGUUAAUAUAUGAAACAAUUGUGAAAUUUUCCGAUCUUUUCGAAAAAAAUAUUUUUGGAAUUUUCAAAUCAAGACAAACAUUUUAAAAGGGCGUAAUAUUGAAUGUUUGGCCUUUGUGAAAUGUUAGUCUUGAUUUGAAAAUUCCAAAAAUAUUUUUUUCGAAGAGAUCGGAAAAUUUCACAAAUGUUUCAUAUAUUAACAUUGAAAAUCGGACCAUUAGUUGCUGAGAUAUUGACGAUAGAAAAUGGUGGGUUGUUUGGGUGAAACUUAGAAAACAUCAAUUUUCCUGUUUUUAAACCUUUGCAUUGCAAUAUCUCAGCAACUAAAGGUCGUAUCAACAAAGUCCAAAUAAGCAAAAUAUAGAGAAUUUUCUCAGCUUUUCAAAAAUAUUUUUUUUCAAAACUGGGCAAACAUGUGCACUAAUUUAAAAAAAUGAAAAACUGCGACUAUUUUCAAAAAAGUCACUUAAAUAUGGCUAUAACUUGAAAACGGUGCAUUUUAUCAAAAUUUCAGUAAAGUACUUUUUGAUUGCAAAUUUGAUUUUACAUCGAAAAAUGAAGUUGAAAAAUUUUUACGACCAAAAUUUCGAUUUUUUGAAAAAAUCAGUAUUGAUUAAAAAAUUCAUAACUCGGUCAGUGAUUUUUUGCACAACCUGGAAAUUUCUGAAAAGUUGGCAUUUUAUGUCUUCUAAAACAUAUCAAAAAAUAAAAAAAAUUAGAAAUAGUGUUUUUUUGUAAAUCAAGUUUUAGUGAUAAAAAGUUAAAUAAAAAAAUCACCAAAUUUUUUUUACCGUGUAUUAUUUUUUUCCAGUGUAGUCCGUAUCCAUACCUACAACUUUGCCGAAGACACCAAAUCGAUCAAAAAAUUCCUUCAAAAGAUACAGAUUUUUGAAUUUUCAUACAUCAUUUUUGUAUGGACAGCUGCCGAAUUUGUAUGGAAAAUUAUAUGGACAAACUAAUGAUGCAAAAUGGCUUCUUUGGGCAUACCGAAGGCACCAAAAAAGUUUCAGUCGGAUUAAAAAAUACAAAAAAAAAUCGAAUGACCGAAAUCCUAGAGAACUGCUCUCCUUUUUUCGGUGGGGGAAGAUUUAACAGUUUUAAUAUUUUUCACACACCGUCGUCACCCGCAAAUUACUGUAUUACUCCGAAUCGGAAGCAGACAAGUUUCACGAUGUGCUUGCAUACAGAAGCAUGGUACUACAACCAAUACUAAUCAUUAGGCCUUUUAUUGCAAAAUAGGUACUUGCUGCACUCGCGCUGAUUGGCUCCGAUCAGAUUCAACAACACAAUUCUCGUAGCUAAUGUGAAGCAGCGUAAUUAAUUUAUAACAAAUUUGUAAGAUAAGCGAGAUUUAGUUUUACAAUAUAUUUAAAAAUCAAUUUAACAAUAAAAUAGUUUCACCGUAA